AUGGCAUCAUCGACGACCUCUUCGCCAGUGUCUCAUAGUGUCCCUCCCCUCCCAUUCGCGAGCAACCUCAGCGAACAGUUGUCUCAGCGGACUGAGUUGGGUAAGUCAGGCAUCGAGACUGACCCUGCAGGAGACAAAGCCAGUCUGCUCGGACCGCCAUUACGUCCCUCACCGAAAAGUCGAUCUCUGUCGGACGCCUCCAAGCCACCAUCCUCCCUCUCCAUCGCCGGCCAAGUCCGCCCAUCUAGUAAGGAUGACACUGCCAUCCCGUCAGCGCCUCAGACACCCCGCCGACCGUCCACGCAUGGCCCUCCUCUGAAUCUACAAUCACUACCGCCAAAAGCUUCUGGUACCGCCUCUCCUGCCAGUCGUGCGCCUCUCUCCCCUCAACUCGAUCCGUCCCACAUCUACAGCGCUUCUCCAGGAUCCGUCCUACCCCGCCGGUCUCGCGGCCUUGACUUCUCACGAGCCUGCACAAACCUACAUCACUCGAUCCUAGCAGAAUCAUCACCGGAUUCGUCGCCGACAGUGGGCGGCAGGGGCGUAGCAAUUCCCCAGCGGCGAGGGUCGCCUGGGUCUACGUCUAUGCCGCCAUUCUCGACAUCGAACCCUGCGGAUCGGGCCACGAUCUCGAGCUCAAUGUCCAGCGUCAAUAUGAUGGAAUCCGAUACAAGCAGCAGUGAAGAGGACGAUGAGCCGAUGAUCGGCGACAGGGAUGACAUGAUAAUGAACACGCCCCAGGCGAAGAAGCUUGCACCUGGCUUCAAUUCAUUUGCCAUUGGGAAUGUCCCCAGCCCCGGUAGUGAUUGGAUGGGUAACUAUUCGCAAGCGGCAGCAAGCUUGCUGAGCUUUCAGCGGGCGCGUUUUCGCAAGGGACGCAGCAGCAGACACAGCUCAAGCAGUGCGAGCGGGAACAGCUCUAAGCAGAGCCCGGCACCCCUCUCUCCACCUGUUAUGAAAAGCAUUGAAGGUCAAAAUGGGUAUUUCGGUCCACGGGGUAGCGCGUCCUCGCGGCGAGAAAGCUUAAGCAUGGGCACCAGAGAUCUGCGACUGUCGGAUAUGAGUGACGAAGGGGAAACUCGAGGUCUCCGCGGCCAUAGUCCAACUGGAACGCGGUCUGACAGCGGGCCACUAGGGGUUAUCAGACGUGCUGUGACGCGGCGGAGUAGCUUGCUGCCGAAAACGAAGACUUUUGCUAGAAUACGUGCUGCCCUGAUGGAAGAGUCCGCCCCCAUCGAUAGUGACGCUAAGCGUGAAGCCGAAGUUAUCCGUCAAGUGCGCGAAACCGAGCCGGAUAUGCCACAGACAUCACCCGUCUUAACCGCCUUUUCUUCACCAAAUGCAUUCAUGCCAGCUGGACUGACAGAGCGUGAAGAGUUGCCAGAAAAGGCUGUCCCUGCACCCGACGAACCUAGUUUCAGUGACCAAGCACAUCGAAACUCUGGUGGUCCUGAUUUCUGGAAUACCUUCGAUGAACGGUAUCGUACUCCACCACCGCCACUUCGCCGACACGCUGCCUCUUCGGUGUCGGAAGAGGAUAUAUCAAUGGAUAUGACGCCGUCGACAACGUUUGGAUCCAACAAUACCGAGUUCGUCAAGCCCGGCGAAAGACCGGCAUCUCGUUCUUCAACCCCUUUACCAGGCCAACCUGGCAUGAUUUCGGAAUUACGGAAGAAACGGCGGCGUGAGGAUGACUUCGAUCCGAACUUGUUCAAACGAAGAGCUGUCUCGCCUAGUAUGAGCGCUCAAAGUAGCCCAAUCAUGCCCAACUCUCCGGCAACCUUUGACAACGGACCGAACAUUUGGGGCCCUCCGUCCAAGUCUGCUGCGGGACCACUGUUCAAUGACCGGGCUGAGCAUUGGGCCAGAAACGGGCUUGGUACUCCUCAUACUGGAAAUACGAAGAGAGUUGGCAUGCAGGGUAUGAACGAGGCGAAUGAUGGCUUCAUGAAUAUGAGCAUUGAAUAA